UUUAAUGGAGGGAGCAGUCUAACAACGAAGGAGAUUAGAGCGACACGCACGCAGGCCUCCUUCUCUUCUCCUCUCCUCUCCAUUCCCAUCCCCCCUCUCCCUCCCUCCCCUCUCGCUCGAGGAUCCCACACGCCGCGCGCAGGGAUCUGAUUGCCGCCGAUUCUGCUGGCUCUGCUUCCCCGGCGCUCGUCGAUUGUUCGUUCCUCCCUGGGCGCUGUGAUGUUCUUCCCUCUGGGUUUGGAGACCGAGAAUUGCCCGGCGCGGGACGGAUUCGCGGCAAUGGCGAGGUCUUCCUGAGAAUUUGGCCGUCCUUGGAGGUUGGGGGGAGGAGGGAUUGGCGUCUGCUUCGCGGCGGGGAAUUGCUUGCUCUCUCUCUCUCUGCCGGACGGACAUGGCGUCGAGGGACUUCUUGGGCAGGUUCGGCGGCGAGAAGGGCUCGUCGUCGGACAAGGCGGGGGGCGGCGCCGGCGAGCCCGACGAGGUGGUCGAGCUCAGCCUGGGCCUGUCCCUGGGCGGCUGCUUCGGCGCCAACUCCGGCCGGGACGCCAAGAAGCCGCGGCUGGUGCGCUCCUCCUCCCUCGCCGCCAUGUGCUCGCUCCCGGGCACCAGCGACGACCUCGCCGCCGCCACGCCCCCGCCGGCGCCGCUGAUGCGCACCAGCUCGCUCCCCACCGAGACGGAGGAGGAGCGGUGGCGCCGCCGCGAGAUGCAGAGCCUCAAGCGCCUCCAGGCCAAGCGCAAGCGCCUCGAGCGCCGCACCUCCAUGAACUCCGGCAAGUCCGGCGGCAGCAGCAGCCGGGACGACGCCCAGGAGCCGCUCUACCCCAGCGCGUUCCAGCUCCGCCGCUCCGUCGUCGACCAGGGGAACACCUCCUCAAGCAUGCCGGAGCAAGGUAGCGCUGAUGGCGCUGAGGCGAAGAGCACAUCGAGCAUGGAGAUAUCUUCUGAUAAUAAUAAUAAUAACAAUGCCAGCAACCAGAACAAGUCCCUCCCGCCGCCGGCACCAUCUCCGGCCGGGAAGCUGCCGAACGGCAUCGUCAAGGAGCAACCGCCGUUGCGGACCCUCCGGUCGCUGACGAUGCGCACGACUAGCACCGGCGACCUGCGGAAGAGCAUGAUGGAGGACAUGCCGAUGGUCUCGUCCAAGGUGGACGGCCCCAACGGCAAGAAGAUCGACGGCUUCCUCUACAAGUACAGGAAAGGGGAGGAGGUGAGGAUAGUGUGCGUCUGCCAUGGCAACUUCCUCACGCCGGCGGAGUUCGUGAAGCACGCUGGCGGCGGCGACGUCACGAACCCGCUCAGGCACAUCGUCGUCAACCCCGCGCCGUCGGUCUUCUUGUAAUGUCGGAAUGUACCUAGGGGGAGAGAUGUUCUUUUCCUCUCUUUCCUUUUUUACUCUGAAUUUUUAGCUAUCAUUACAGUGUAUUAUGUUUAGCGCCCUGCCUCUCCAUUGAGUGGAGAGGAAUGCAGGGCCUGCCUGAGGUGUUUACUGUAAGUUAAGGGAGUGAACUAAUUUGAGAGAAUUAUCAGCUUCACAGUGUCCACAAUGGAUAUGCUGCUUCAGUCGA